UGUUCAUGUUCGUCAGAGGCACACGUGUUGCGACAACACACGCACAACACGAGACCGGUGUCUGGUGAGCGGCGGCUCUCGUUUCCCACAAUUCGUUGUAAUGCAUUCCAACGGGAUACAGUUAUUGUGCCUGUGGAUGACGGUAUUGUGGAGAACUAACGGUGCAUCUAUCAUCCCGGAUUAUUAUAUUUCUAAACGGCUUUCGGUGGACGAUAUCCUGUUGGCUGAAACUCCCGAAGAAAGUGCUUCUGAGGAAUUUUUGUGGCAACCCAAUGCAGAUGAAGUGGGAGCGCACCAUGAAGGCGACAUUGUGCUGCCUGGCGGCUUCGAACGACAGGUUCGAGCGGUAACCAAUGCUGACUACCGGAAAUGGACGAAAGGAGUGGUGCCCUAUACGAUUGACCCAUAUUACAGUUUCGAGCAGAAGCAAAUGAUCUACAGCGCAAUGGAUGAAAUUCGAAAAAAGACGUGUAUCAGUUUUGUGGAGAGGACCUCGGAAGCGGAUUAUGUGCGCAUUAUGCCGGGUGAAGGUUGUUCGUCGUACGUGGGUCGGCGCGGCGGCCAGCAAGUGGUGACGCUGGACCCGUGGAGGUGCCUGACCGAGAUGGGUGUGGUCGCGCAUGAACUCCUGCACGUGCUGGGCUUCUACCACGAGCACACGCGACUGGACCGUGAUUCGUUUAUCACUAUUUUGUGGUCCAACAUGGAACCGGGUCGCGAAGUGAACUUCCACAAACGCGCCGUCGGCAGCAUCGACGACCUGGGCAAACAGUAUGACUACAAUUCGGUUAUGCACUAUUCCGCUUACGCAUUUUCGCGUGACGAACGCCGACCCACUCUGACACCGACCAGUACCAACAUCAAUUUGAAGAUGCUGGGACAGCGGCGCGAACUGAGCGGUGUGGACGCGGAGAAGAUCAACACGUAUUACGGCUGCGGCAGUGUGUACGCGCCGGCCGCCAAACGCCCGCCCAACAUGGUGAAAUACCUGAACUUUGUACGCAGUGAGGAGGAGCCGGGAGGCCGGCAACGCACCCUGCCGGCAUCCACCACCACCGCCGAGCCCCCGCCGCCCACACGCCCCACCAUCACCCUGAAGCAAGCCGGUGUGGCCAGUCUGCUCAAUCCCUGCGAUGAAUUCUUCGAUACGAAUGCCAUUAUGACUACCAACGACGGACAUGUUUAUAUAUUCAGCGCUGAACACUUCUGGGUGGUGGAUCCGCAUCGGUAUAUCUCCAAAGUGCUGUCUAUUAAGCAGUAUUAUCCGAACCUGCCCAACGAUAUCGACGCGGCCUUCACAUGGAUUAACGGCCAUACUUAUUUCUUUAAGGGCCAGUUAUACUGGAAAUACAAGGGUUUCGAAGCCCUGGACGGUUACCCACAAGAUAUCGCCAGCGGUUUCCCCGGCUUGCCAGAAACCGGCGAUCUAGACGCUGCGUUUGUCUGGACCGAGGGCCGAAUUGUCUUCAUUAAAGGUGAGGAAUACUGGGUGCUGCAUCCGCUUUCCGACUUCAAUCAGGUCCGCGGCCCGCUCCCGCUGCGCAAAGAGAUGGGCUUUCCGGGGCGGCUGCAGGCGGCGCUGGAGUGGCCGACAGUGGCUGACAGUUCAACGCAUUCAGAAGUGUAUCUGUUAGCGGAUGGACUGAUUUAUCCGCUGGAAAAGAACGUUUUCAAGAUUGCUUCCGAUAAACGGCCUCGUCGUUUGAUGGACUGGCUACGAUGCGAUUUAUACGACCGCUCCGCAUCCCAGCAAUAUAGUGACGCCAACGAAUUCUGGUGAUUUGACAGCUGCUUUUUGUUAUUAAUUUUAUAAAUUUGUUUGUCAGUGCCUUUGCGUCAAAUUUUGAGUGAUCUCCAAAGUUUUUUCCAUAACAGAUUCUUGUUGCAUUUGCUUUUCUACUUUUGCAUGUUGUUGUAGUUGAAUUUAUUUUGUUGUUGUUUUAUUUAUUUUUGUAGCAUUUGUUAAAACUGAAAU